AUGCCAGAGCAUCAUCUGCAUACUGAACUGGCACUAUUUGUUUUCCAACUGAAUCACACGCAAAAGGCGUCUGGCAACCUCGCCAGGCAACCUCAAUCCCUAGAUUUGAAGGAAGCGACCGCUGUGAGCCUUAUUGGUAUGCUGCUCUGUGUGGGUGGUGAGUUCCUUCGUAAACUUGCAGUGUUCACUGCCAAAACAAAUUUCAAUCACGUUGUUCAGAGUGUUCAUGAGGAGGGUCAUCAGUUAGUGACCCAUGGAGUUUAUAACUACUGCAGACAUCCUAGUUAUGUAGGUUGGUUCUACUGGUCUAUAGGCACUCAGCUGAUAUUAGUCAACUUAGUGUGCAUAGUUGCUUAUGUAGUCGCCAGUUGGAAAUUCUUUAAUGAACGUGUGUUCAUAGAAGAGAAUAUGCUUCUUCACUUCUUUGGAGAUGACUACUACCAGUAUCAAAAACGAGUGAGCACAGGUCUGCCCUUUAUACUGGGUUACAAACUUGAGCUGUGAGAAUGUGUUGUAUGAUGGGGUACCCAAAAGAAACCGAACUAAUUUUUUUGUGGGCCGAGCUUUUGUAGUACCGCGUUU